ACAUGUUCUUGUAUCAAAACAAACAUAGACGGCAGCCUCAGCUGACGGUGCAGUUUGAGUUUAAAAGUCCCAAAAAUAACGGAAAAAACGCAGAGUUUGGGUAAGAUCCUCCAUUCCUCCACUUCUUUUGUCUGUAAGGGCGCGUCUACCUCAGGAGACACAGAAAUAACCCCAUCAGUCACCAUCAACGUCUAUAUUUCCGAUAGUCGUUGAAGGAAACACCAGGAAACAAGCAAAGGCGUGUCGUCGAUACUGUGCUGUUAUAAAAGUCAGUUGAUAAAACUCAGCGAGUGAGCUGAGCACAGGAAUGGGUGUGUUGGUGACGUGGAGAAAGGGAAACGAAACCAAACACACUUGUGCAUACUUACCUACCGAAGUUUUGUCAAUAAUCAACAAUUGUUGAUUGAGGUAUAUCAGCAGAUUCAGGCUAAAACAUGUUUUGAUGAUCUUUGCCACAAUAAACAAACCAGAUUUCCAAUCUUGAUUGGAUUUAUUUCUAUAAAGAUCUGAAGACAACAUACCGAGAGGAGGAAACAUGUCUACAGCCAGAAAAGAGCUACAGGAGGCCUUGUGCCGCUACACCGCAGAUACUCUCAUCUACAUUGACACUGUGAGAGGAUUCUGUGAGAGGAUCUCUAAAUGGAUGAUUGGGAGGGAGUCAGAGUUGGACAUGAUGAGGGACAUCAAGGACAGGGCUGACCAAAUUGUCCUGAACAUUGACCAUGUAAGCAAGUCAGAGACCAAAGCUAAAGCCUUUUGGGAAUAUAUGAAGAGCAAGGUGACCCAGGUGACUGCAGACAGCAGGCGUGCAGAGCUGGAGAAGGAGCUGGCUGCUGUGCUAAAGGACACUCUGGGAGGCCUGGAGAAGCUGGACUGCUUCCUGGAUUCAGUGGAGAAGCUGGCGGUCACCUCACUUCAUGUGUUCACAGAGAACCAGGUGUUGCAUCUACCAGAAGGGAUCAGCCUUGAAAAUGUCCAGGUUGUUAUCACUGCUGCACGCCAAAUCUGCCCUCUCCUCCUCGAGUUUAAAAGAGAUGCAAGUGUCUUCUUCCUUCCCAGACUUCAGAAUGUGGAAGUGCUAGCAUAUCAGCUGGACAAAUACAUUCAGACCACCCAGGAAAUCUGCGAGAAGCUGGAGAAAAGCUCCUUUUGUGAGUUUGACCUGAAGAUGAUUAUGAAAACUGUGGUAGACCUCGAUGUGGAUUUGUCCGAAGAUGACAUACAAAGGAUGCUGUAUCACAUUAAUCAGCUUGAUGAUAUCAGGAUGAACCAAAACUUCAGGAUGGUGUUCUUGUUCCAGGAGCAAUCAUGUUCUGGCUUCAUCAAUGAGUUCACAGAGCGAAAGCCCAGGAUGCUGGAGUUUCUAAACGACCUUGAAGAGAGUGCUGUUCAGCUAGACAGGAUGAAUAAGGGGGCAAAGAUCUCCAGUGUGGCAGGCAGCUCAGUGGGGGCAGUUGGAGGUGUGCUUUCCAUUGUUGGUUUGGCAUUAAUCCCUGUAACAUUAGGAGUGUCUCUAGCUCUGACGGUGACUGGGGUCGGGCUGGGAGUUACCAGCGGAGUCAACAGUCUUGUCACCACUGCCACAGAGAUUGGAGUAAACCGUACACAGCAAAAGAAAGCCAGUGAAGUCUUCAAGAGCUUCAUGGAGGAUGUGCAGAUUCUCCAGGAUUGUCUGGAGGAGGUGACCCAAAGGGAAACAAACCCAAAAGAUGUGGCUGUGGGAGUCGGCAAGGUGCUUUGUAAAGUUGGUGUUGUUGGGAAAGGCAUUGAUUCACUUGUUGAUGCUGCCUCUGCUGUUAAAAUGUUGAAAAGUGAGGAGCUGCUUACAAGUGCUGGCAAGGUGGUGGUCCAGGAAGGUAAAGCAUUACGUAAUGUUCCCAGGGUGGCCUCAGACAUCCCAGAUAUUGGUCAGGCAGCAGUCAGGCCUCUUGCCCUCUCCAAGUCAGCCAGGGCAGGUCUCAUCGCAGUCAAUGCUCUUUUCCUUGGAAUGGAUAUCUUCUUCAUCUGUAAGGACAGCAUCAGUCUGUCCAAAGGCAGUGAGACUGAAUUCUCACAGUUCAUCAGAGCCAGAGCUGCACUCUGGAGCUCAGAGAUAGACUCAUGGCAGAAGAUCCAUGACUCCCUGAGCGAAGGUCUGGUGAGAUCAGGAAAAAACCAAAUUAUCAUGGAGACGCCAUUUUAUCCGGAGAUGGAGACGAAGAAGAACCAGAGAACCAAACCAAACCAAACAGAACCAGAAAUGGAAAUUCCAUCUGAUGAAGUGGAUGUGGAUGAAAAACUGAAACUGAAAGAAAAGUAUUGUGUAAUACAGUAGUACUCUGUGAGGAGAGAUUACUGUGUGCCUUUUUGCCAACUUUAACACUAUGAUCAGAUAUGAGAUCAUUUUAUAUGAUCGAACCAUGUGUGAAAAUGCAA